AUGGAAGAAGCGAUCAUGAGACUUGAAGGCGCCGAGCAUAGAGAAAACAACAACAAUUCUCUAAAGAGAAAGCCAUCAAGACCUUCCUCCACUACUCCUGGAUCUCCCGGAGGUGUAACCACCGCAAAACCUGCCUCCGGCGCCGGUGCUUCCACCAUUAGGUACCGAGGCGUGAGGCGUAGGCCAUGGGGUCGCUACGCUGCUGAAAUACGCGACCCAAUGUCCAAGGAGAGACGAUGGCUAGGAACAUUUGACACAGCGGAGGAAGCAGCUUGCGCAUACGACUGCGCCGCUCGAGCCAUGCGUGGUCUCAAAGCUCGAACCAACUUUGUCUACCCGAUUCCUUCACUUGACUCUUAUCACCACCGUAUUUUCUCGCCUCCUCCGAUGAAUAUGUUCCUUCUACGCGACGUUUUGAACUCUCAGUCUCUUUCUCCUUUCGCUUACCCACCUUGUAAUCUCUCUAACGUAAGCGGCCUCGUUCACGAGUCCUUCGCUAACGUUAGCGAUGUCUCCGAAGAUCACUCGCCUAAAGCGAAGAGGUCAAGUACCAUUGACAACGAGAGUAUGAUCUCAAUCCUCGAACCGGAACCAGCUGGUUCUGGACUUCUUCAAGAAAUUGUUCAAGGCUUCUUACCAAAAGCUAUCUCUCAGCAAGCUUCUACACCUCCAACGACCAACCAAAUUUCAGCUGGCUUUUUCCCGACAAUGCUAGAGACUGGUUUCCAGACAGAUCUUCGUUUACCUGAUCGCGUCAAUGUCGAAGGAAACGGAUUCGGUCAGGUGAAAUAUCAUGGAGAUUUGGGUUGGGUUCAUGAUGAGAGUGGGUUUGAUUCAGCUAAGAUGCAGCAGAUAGGAAAUGGUGGAAUGUUUUAUCAGUAUUGCUUUAAUGAUUAUUAG